AUGAUAUCCGACACAAUUCUAAAACAACAUUCUUCCGCAGAUGAUGACAGUCUCAUGAGAGAACGCAAUAAUAUACGGGAUAUGCUAGAAUCGACCGGCAAUUUGCGUCCUGUCACUGCAAACAUUCAAACCAGACCCAAAACCCGUCGUUACCGAGUUCGAAUCCAGGAAGAAUCGAAAUCGGAAUCCACCACAUUUGCACCCCCACGGGUUCGUCUUCGAUUAGAUGAGGCGUUUGACAAUGCAUAUCGCAACAAACAAACACACAUUUUCACUCAAAGUGACUUGCUGGCAGAGCAAACUCAAUGGAAACGAAAGAUAGCCAAAACAGACGAGGAUGCCUACAAAGAUAUGACCAGAUCGACGGUGACAGUUGCACAAUUAAUGAAGCCAGAGCGAGAUCCGGAUCCUGCCGAUCAGUUGGCUCGGAUCAAACUUCGCGGUGAAGACAGUCUGAACAAUCGCAUACGUGGACAAGGAAGUUUGACUUUGAAAACUAUCCCGAAGAAUGAGUCCGAGGAUGCCGCACGUCAAGAUGUACACAUACGAUGUGCCGGAGAUCAAGCACUUGACAAUCGGGAUUGGGGCCAGCGUGGCACCGGGGUCAGUGCACUGCUCACUCAAAAUAGUACAACUGAACUACGCUCACAACCGGAAUCCAAUAGACGAGCUGUAAGAAGUGAAGAAGCGGCGGACAAUUGGCGCCGCGAUCGAUUGAAAGAGUGUACGGAAAUGGAGUGUGUACUCAAUCACGGCUGGUCAGGUCAAAGUGCCAUCAGAUCGAGACCAACCACCACGAGCAUUGUCGAACAUGUAUGUCAGCCACCUUGGAAUCCAGUCGAUACGCAGUUGAAUCAGCGGCCACAAACACCGAACGCACGAGGCAUCACUCGCUCUGGUGCUGCCAAUGCAUUUCGCGAAGGUUCUGCGAUGGCGGAUCGGAUGGGACUGACACGUGCCGCGGUGCAGCCACAUGCCCAUCUUGAUUCGGACGAGCUCAAUGAAAUGCGGGACCGGGCAUUACAGUCGCUGGAUGAGCCCCCGGCGAGACACGGUCCAAAGGCAAGAUUUGAAGGAUUGGAAUACGCAAUGCGUGGUCGUGGUACGCUAAACUCUGGUCUCAUUCCUUCAGACUAUUCCGAGACCGAAAAAGUUGCUGCUCCACGUUUGAAAGGAGACGACGCGCAUGAGAAUGCGGGAGCGAAUAAAGGGGAACAUAGCAAACUACUUCUUUCAAAUUGGCGUCUUGUGCCUGAUCCACAACCUCCGAUCAAACCUGUUCCGAACUCGAAAAACAUUCGCGCGCGCUCACGCGGCACCGAGGCUCGUAGCUGCCUGAACCCCACGCGUCCCAAAUGGUCCGGGAAGGUGCACUGGAAAAGACGUCCACCGGCACCGGUGAAAUGCACAUUCUAA